CUACUUUGUAGCAAGUUCUUAGGGGUACUUCGGGGUGACCCUUAUCAAGAUUGGUCUUUGGGACAGUUCUUAUGCCAAAGUGUUGGAGCGAGCUAGUUUCCCUAGCUCGCGAGCUGAAAUAAUUUUGUAGUAUUCCCUUCUCAGUAGCUCGGAGGACCUGGAGCUUGCGUUGUGGCGAACUCCCCCUAUAGCUAUGACGUAGCGAGCUGUUCUACAGACUCAUUACUUGGUCGCGGUCAAGCCACGCUGCUGAGCUGUUGCUCGUGCUAAGUCAAGUCCAUGUGUCAUCAUCUCAGUAGGGGGUGGCUGGGUUCGUUUGAUCUUCGAGCUUCAAAAGGUAUCGAGCUGCAUUCUUAUAGAAAAUGUCGUUGAUGCAGCCUUCUGCUUCUAUUUCUUCGACUUCAUCGGCUUUUUUGGGCCAAAGCACCAAUAAUUCCAGGAUUUCAAAGGUUUCGGUUCCAGCAUCAGCAAAAAAGAAUGAGAUAUUCAAAUGUAUGGCCACACCCCCAUCGGACACAACUGUUUACAAAACAAAGGUCUCUCGCAAUGCAAACAUGGCAAAACUUCAAGCUGGUUAUUUAUUUCCAGAGAUUGCCAGAAGAAAGGCAGCACACAUGAUGAAAUACCCUGAUGCACAAGUGAUAAGCCUUGGAAUUGGUGAUACAACUGAGCCCAUUCCAGAAGUUAUAACAUCUGCCAUGGCACAGAGAUCACAUGCAUUAUCAACAUUAGAGGGUUACAGUGGUUAUGGAGAUGGACAAGGUGAUAAAAAAAUGAUAAAAUUUUGUUGGGUAGUAUAUAUCUUCCAUAUUUAUCUUUACAUCCCACAGCCCCCCCCCAAUUUUUUCUGCAAAAUGCAACUGAGGGCUGCAAUUGCAUCAGCAUUUUAUGGAAAACUUGGCAUUGAAGAAAGUGAUAUAUUUGUCUCAGAUGGUGCAAAGUGUGACAUAUCUCGUCUUCAGAUAUUACUUGGUUCUAGUGUAACAAUGGCAGUGCAAGACCCAUCAUAUCCGGCAUAUGUUGAUUCAAGUGUUAUAAUGGGUCAAACUGGUCAGUUCCAAAAGGAUGUUGAGAAAUAUCGUAACAUCGAGUAUAUGAGAUGCAGUCCUGAGAAUGGCUUCUUUCCGAAUUUAUCAACUGUUCGGCCAACAGAUGUUAUCUUUUUCUGUUCACCAAACAAUCCUACUGGUUCCGCUGCAACAAGAGAGCAGUUGAUACGGCUGGUACAAUUUGCCAAGGAAAAUGGAUCUAUCAUAGUCUAUGACUCUGCAUAUGCCAUGUACAUAUCAGAUGACAGACCUCGGUCUAUAUUUGAAAUUCCUGGAGCAAAAGAGGUUGCUAUAGAGACGGUAUCAUUCUCAAAAUAUGCUGGGUUUACUGGAGUCCGACUUGGUUGGACUGUGGUUCCCAAAGAGCUUCUUUUCUCUGAUGGGUUUCCUGUUGCCAAGGAUUUCAACCGUAUUGUCUGUACAUGUUUCAAUGGAGCAUCUAACAUUUCUCAAACUGGUGGACUGGCUUGUCUUUCUCCAGAGGGUAUCAAAGCAAUGCAUGAUGUGGUUAGUUUUUACAAGGAGAACACUAAGAUAAUAAUGGACACCUUCAACUCCCUUGGUUUUAAGGUGCAAGGAGGGGAACAUGCACCUUAUGUGUGGGUCCACUUCCCUGGUCGAAGCUCAUGGGAUGUAUUUGCCGAGAUUCUUGAGAAGAUCCACUUAGUUACAACUCCAGGUAGUGGGUUUGGACCUGGUGGCGAAGGUUUCAUCAGGGUUAGCGCCUUUGGUCACAGAGGCAACGUCUUAGAGGCCUGUAAAAGGUUAAAACAACUUUACAAUUAAGCCAAGGCAUUCCUUCAUCUGGUGGUUUUCAACAAUCUAUUUAUCUGCCUAAUUGAUAGCUUGAGACCUCUGCAACAUCUUAAAGCUUGGCCUUUGUUGUGGUCAGCAGAUCCAGACUCGAUUCAUCCUUUUUCCAAUGGAGGAUUAAUGCUCCAGUUCAUUUAACUUACACUAAUUGAAUUAUUACACCUUGACUCAUAAGUCAAAAACUGAAAGUAGGAGUCAAAAGCUAUGUACCAGAACUUGAAUGAUACAUGUUGGUGUCAAAGCCUGGAAUCCUCACAUUCACAUGGCCUGAGCAAAAGAAUGAAUAGCCUACUAUCAUGUGGUUAAUGCA